CACACAGAAAAAUGCUAGCGGUUUCCUUUUUUAUCUAUAUAAAUGGUUUCUUUCUUUCUUCAUUUUGAACACAAAAGAAGAAUAACCAUGGGUGAAGCCGCUAAGGAUCAAACUGAAGAAGUGAUUCAAGCUUGGUACUUGGAUAAUAAGGAAGAGGAUCAGAAACUUCCUCACCACAAGGAUCCUAAGGAAUUUGUAUCUUUGGACAAACUUGCAGAGCUUGGAGUACUUUGCUGGAGACUUGAUGCUGAUAACUAUGAAACCGAUGAGGAAUUGAAAAGGAUCCGCGAAUCUCGUGGUUACUCCUACAUGGACUUAUGUGAGGUGUGUCCAGAGAAGCUUCCAAACUAUGAAGAAAAAGUAAAGAUGUUUUUUGAAGAACAUUUACAUAUUGAUGAAGAGAUCCGUUACUGCCUCGCAGGAAGUGGAUACUUUGAUGUGAGGGAUCUCAAUGAUAUUUGGAUUAGAGUAUGGGUAAAGAAGGGAGGUUUGAUAGUCUUCCCUGCUGGAAUAUAUCAUCGCUUCACCGUGGACUCGGACAACUAUAUGAAGGCAAUGCGUCUUUUCGUGGGUGGACCAGUGUGGACUGCUUAUAAUCGCCCACAUGACCAUCUUCCUGCAAGGUACAAUGAUGUCUUGUUCUCCCAUAUUGUCACGACAAAGCUUACUAGAUCUGUAGUUAUAUAUCUAAGCAAAGAGGCGACAAAAGUGUUUAUGUAUAUUCAAACGGCUAUUUUAUAGGAAAGCGUAUAUGAAAAAAUUCUUGAAGGUGAUUGGGGACCGUAACAUAGACGCUUCAGCGUAAAGAACUCUCGGGGAUCAGAUUUCUAUAAGCUAAACAUAUGUUUAGAUGUUGUCUUUAAUUAUGCUUUAUUAUGUUUACAACAUGGAAACCGAAGACAUUUUGGUUCAUGUGUCUUUUGGCAUUAUUGUUGUGAUUGUAAUGUAAAGAAGAAGGAAAAUGACAAUAUAUGAAAGCAAGAAAAUAUAUAAAACUAUCGGUCACUAUUAGUCUCAACCUACUGGUGUCUAUGCAUAAUACAUGAUAUACAUCCGUUACUGUAAAUAAAUAAAAUGAUUAUUUGAAUUGAAC